AUGCAAGCUUGUUACCCAAAGAAAUAUCCAAGAACUCACUGGGACACGCUAAACGUAGAUUAUCCCGUGAGAGUUCUCGAACAGAAGGAUAUUUCGAGUGAAUUUAUUGCAAGGAAAUGGAGACCAGAGCCUGAAGUUUUACAACAUAAGACGAAAACUGGUGGAGAUGUUCAAGAAUAUCGUGACAAUUCUUAUAAGGAAUGUAUGCGGUCACAAACAGCACUCGACUAUGGAUAUAAAAUUCCAGAAUUUAAAAGAUUUAAUAAACAUACAUCGUGUGUUGAGAAUGAAUACAUCUAUCCACUUAGUAGACGGGUCGAAGAUCGUCCACCGGCAUGCAAAGUUCACGGAACGACGGAAACGAAAGAAUCUUUUUCUACACCACCAAGUUACAGUCGCUUGAUAACUGAAAAAGAUCAAUUUAAACAUCCAGUAUCUUUAGAAAAUAAGCCGUUAACAAUGGCACCAAGUUGGCAUAAAGAAUUGGAACAAAUGGACACAACUUACGAAGGAUUUGAAAAAUAUUUGGACCCUUAUCUCACUACCAAUAGGCUACAUCAUCGGCCGUACACUGCUGAUCAAUUAAAGAAGACAUCUAAUUCUAAAGAUAUUGUUACUUAUUAUACGUUAGCAGACAUUCCUUGGGUAUGGUCAAGAAAACCAACACAUGACGAUUGGUUCGUACGAGUUAAAUGUCCCAAGACAACAUACGAUAGAGAGAAAUUUAAAGGAGACUUAAGAGAAAUAAGAAUUCAUAAUAAGUUGAAUUGGCUUCCAGGAUCAUUCAGAACAGAAGUAAAAGAUAACUACAAUUUUAGCACACAUCAAAAAGAUAUAAAUAUGGAAAAACAUGACGAAGUUAGCUCCAAAUAUCAACGUGCUAUUGGGAAAUUAAAAACCAAUUCACCUUAUGAAGACGCAAUCAUGCAAGGAACCUAUGUGACGGAAAGUUCUUCUGUAGGAUCAAGGAAACCUAUUUGCUCAGUUUUCGAACAAUGUGUGGAUAAAAAUAAGCGACUUAUAAGUAGAUUAGAGAGUAAAAAAUAA